GUGUACCGCAAACCUUAAAAACAGUCGUAAAUUCAUCCAAAUUUAUCGCAAAACUAAGAUUGUUGUCGUAAACGGUUCUAUUUUACGACAAUACGCAAAAACUGUGACGUUCUUCACAAGGAGGUACUGCGGAAGGAAGAACAACUAUGGACCAGGACAACAAACCGUCGUCAUCACUGGAACUUCCAGCAAGUCUGGACCCUAAUGAGUCAAUAGACCUGGGGAACGGAUCACCUGAUGCUGACACACCUGUGCAGGAGGAGACAGGUACGCUCCAGACUCCCUCCUCUGAGUUUGGAACACCUGAACUAGACACGCCCAGCUCAGCAGAUGGCAUGGGACAAGGUGUCAAGGACAGUCUGGAGCGGAAAAGUGUGACAUCAGACACGGAUGUUGCCUCCACAGGUCAGAUGAGUGACAUCCCCGGCAACUUAGAAGAGGUGGCCAUUGAUUUUGACUCCCCGCCAGACACAGAAGGUGACGGACUCGAUGAGCUUCAGCCAUCUUCUAGCGUAGACACGUUUCCCUCCCCCACUGAUGUGGACAACCAAAUGGCCCCCACCCCUGAAGUGGAGGUUGCCUGUGAUCUAGAGCUUACCAGUUCCAACCAGCUUGGAGUGGCUGAAAGCAAGUCUGAGCAGUUUGACCCAGUCAUGGCCAGUUUUGACCAGAAGAAACUGGAUCCACUGGGAUUACAGCAACCCCCAUUUGAAAUGGGUCUGCCAGUCAAUCCGUCCGAGCCAGCCCUGUUUAAAUCAGUGCAGUCAGGUGUAGACCUGGCCAAGUUUGACAUCCAGCAAGCUCUGUCAGAGGAUCAGGUUAGAGGUCAAGAGGUCAGGGGUCAGGAGGAGGAUAGCACAUAUGACGGAAUAGAAAUUCCCAGUAAAAACAGUCAUAGUGGCAGUGGGAAUGGUGCAACCCCGCCAGCAACUUACGACAACGAAGGCUUCCUUCUCCAAGAGGUUGGAAGCCCCCGGGAGGAGACACAGGUUGUCAUCCAUGUGUUUAAUGAACAGCAGGGUGACCUAAAGAAGGACAGUGCAAUGACCCCUUCGGUCAGUUCCUUCUUCCAGGACGCCCCAGUGACUGGCAAGGACACUGAAGGUUCCAGUUUCUUUGAUUCCUUGUCUUCACAGCCAGCAGAGAAAAGUGGUCAGGAACAGACUGAUGGCAGCUGUGUCUCUGUACAAACCAACAAGGAGGAGCAAGCGUCACAGCAAACAUUGCACACGACUCCUCGUCAGCUGUCCCAUGAUGCACUCCUGCAUGAGAUUGACCAAGAGCUUCAGAAGGAAGGAAAGGGCGCCCCAAAACCACAGCUGGUUGAAGAUGCUGCAGUCACUCAGGUGUCUACAACUGAACUCUCUCAAAAUGUGGCUGACUUACAGGGUGUCAAAGAAGAGCUCAAAGAUAGUAAUUUUCCAGAGAAGGCACGUGCAUUCUCAGUCGAGACUGCGCAAGAAGCCUUUGAAUCAGAAGGAGUGGCCAAUCAGAAAGCUACAGUAGGCACGACUCACGCACUGUUCCAGAGCGCACCCCAAGGUCCUUUCGGUGGUUCAACCGAGGGCACGUUCCCAGGAGAGGAGGAUCCAUUCACUGCCGUUAUCAACAUGAGUGAGAUGGACCGUCGUCAUGACGCCUGGAUCCCGUCAGAACGUACCAGGAAGACCUUGGUUGCCAUAGCAACCUCUCCGCCCGGAACAGUGAUGUUAGAGAAGGACCAGCUGACCAUGCCAGGAAUCAUGGUGGAUGAGUCACAGGGUGACCCAAUCCAGGAUCUGAUGAAGAAAAGCCUUGGUGAACAGGAGGCUUCAAAGAGACAGAGUCUGUCAGUGGACAGUGUGUCACACAAUGAACAGGGGCUGAAGCACCUGAUUGUAACGGGGAACUUGCGUGCUGCAGUAGACAUGACAGGUCGACUGCUGGCCCAGUCAGGACAAGGCAUGGGGAUGGCAGGGCAGCUGUCAAGGCAUACUCCACAUAGUCUACAGCUGUGGUUCACCCGUAUUGCGUUGCUGGUUCGUCUACGGAUGUUUUCCACUGCGGAGGCUGAGCUGGAGGCAUUCGGCAGUCUGGACCAACCAGAUCUUUACUACGAGUUCUACCCAGACACAUACAAAGGGAGAAGAGGCACCAUGGUCCCAUUCCACUUCAGAGUUCUCCAUGCUGAGCUGCCGCAGUACCUGGGAAAACCACAUGAGGCGCUUGACAGACUCUACCACUUGCUCGGCACAUGUAACCAGGUUGUUACCAACCUGGAGAAAGGUGUGGCUGAAGAUGGAAGCAUGCUGGUGUUGUCGCCAGAGAACAGGACAGCAUCUUUACAACUGUGGAAGUCUCGGGAAGUUCGGGUGCAGUUUUCCAUCACCAACUGUGCUGUGGUCUUGAAGGAUUUUAAUCUAGCCUAUGAGACGAUGGACACCAUACUGUCUCAAGAAAUUGGAGAUACUCCCCAGAUUCUAAGUGCAAUGGGUAGGAUCAAACUUCAGCUUGGGGAUGUGAGAGGAGCCCAGCAGUGCUUUGAGAAGGCAGAGCCACUUCUGGAAGAUGAAGAAGAUGGAGAGGCUGUCAAAACUACCAACAAAGCAUUCCUAGCCUUGGGCCAAGGGUCCUUUGCAGAGUCCUGCCAACUGUUUGAACAGGUCUACAAGUUACAGCCAGACAAUGGAGUGGCAAUCAACAACACAGCAGUCUGUCAGCUGUACUUGGGGAAUCUGAAGGAAGCCUUGAAGAUGCUGGAAAAUGUCGUGCAGGAAGAUCCCAACCGCUUCGUUCAAGAAGGCCUACUCUUCAACCUGUGUACCAUGUACGAGCUGGAGUCCUCCCGGGCCCUGGCUAAGAAACACACCAUGCUAGAUUUGGUGGGAAAGCAUAAGGGGGACGGUUUUAAUGCACAGAGCCUCAAGAUAGCUUAGGUUUCAUUAGCCUUAGCGUAUUAUCAGUCUUAAAAUUUUUAUGGUUGGUUUAUUACUCAAUUGACAAAUUCAAACCUUGGAUGACAAAAUAAUUCCAACAUGGCUAAAAUAUCACCUUCAUAUGCGAAUUAGUGCAUGUAAAAUUGGAGUUGUGAAGGUAAAUGUAGUUCUGAUACAUCUAUCUUUACCUACUUGUAUAUCUAACCUACACCAGUCAUAUGCUGGGUAUGUGUUUCUCUAAAGUUUGCCACCACUGGCAAAAUGGGUAAAUAAAAACUUAACUGUCCUACAGUGAAAGUGUUGCCCAAAUAACUCAAUAUACUGCUGUAGGAAAGUGAACAUGGUUGAGAGAGGUACUGUGAAUCCUGAAAUGUUAUCUGUGGUUUCAUCUUUGCGGCUUUCACGGCAACCUACGACUUACCUAGUCCCUUGACCUCCUGGUCAUUAGGGAGACAAGAUAGACAUGUAUGAAAAGGUAAGUUCAGGACACUGCAAAUGUCCAUUCUGAAUGUAUUACCACUGUACUACAGAAUUGUUUUGACUGAAAAUUUAAGAAAAAUAUCCUUUUCUGACCUUCCAUGAAAUAAAACCAACACAAAAGUAUAAUGCAAUACUGUAUUUGCUUUUCCUGUCCUGAGGGACAUGUGCACUUAAUGACGUCAAUAACAAGCUCCCAUGGUGAAACACAGGAAGAAGAUUAAGCUUAGCCAACAGCCCUCUAAUGAGGUCCUAAUGUUUAUUUGAUCAUUUCUAGCUCAAGCUUCUAAGUCUGUACUUGAAAACAUUCCCUCCUCAUAUGUGUAUGCUCAACAUUAAAAGUUCAAAACUUAACCUGAUCAAUAAUAUCUGCUUUAUUUUUCAUUUAUAGAAUUAUACAUUAUUAGAAAGCCUUACAAUGAUACCAUAUUUGUCCUGAUCCUACAGUCACAGGUCAAACACCUGAGCAGGCUAUGUGAAUGCAUCAGACAAUCUCCUGACAACACAGUGACUGAUGUUGGCAGGGGAAUUUGUGCACUUUAUUUUCAUGGCCCACUUUUCACUAUAAGUGAUGGUGCUCAAUGCACAAAAGUGUGAUCAUGGCAAAUGAGGUACCAUUGUAAAGAAGUCAAGCUUUCUGAUAAUGUAACACAAACAUUUAGUAAAAGACAUGACAUGUGAUAAAGGAAAAUUUCUCAUUUGAGUAGUUCUUAACUCGUGAAAGUAUGUUCAAAGCAAACAGGACAUCAAUUUGAAGGAUGGUAAAUAUGUUUUUCAAUGGUAUAUAAUACAAUAUGAUGCAAUUUAUGAAAUACAGAGAUAGGAUUGAUCAGAUUGAAGUUUCUAAACCCUUUUUGUUAUGGGUAGUUUACAACAGAUGUCCUACUAUAUGAAUAUAUGAGUAUGGCACAAUUUAAGGUGUACUUAAGAAAAUUUUGGUGAGGAAACAUGAUUUAAUUGUCCCUUGAUUUUCCUGAAAUUGCAUAUUGUAAGAAAUGGAGGAUCAGAUGUCAGGAUAUAAAAUCAGAUAGGGAGCAAACAGCUGCUUCAGUUGAUGACAGUACCUGUAUGUAUACAGGUAUACAUUUGCCUGGACUGUUCAUGUGAUUUCUUUUCUUGCAAUACAUAUGCAUAAUUUAUUGUAAAA